AUGGUCAAAGAACAUAAAAGGAAAGGAAAAAUGCCGGCCCUCAGGAGACGACGAGAGAGCAACAGCAGAGUGAUGUCACCAAGCACAAAGUCUGCUGAGGACAGCAGACCAAGGAAAAGGAAAAAAGCUGCAGAUGAGACCCCCAGAAGACGGAUCAUGGUCUCUCAGAUGGCUGGAGCCUCCACAAGAUGCCAGGUCCCAAUCAGAACCAUGAUGAGACUGAGGAGUAAUGCCACAAAGGAGGCAGAGGAAUCUUCACCACCAGCCAAGAAGAAGAAGAAGGGACUUCUGCAGCGGGUCCUGACCAAAGAGCCUCCAUCCUCCUGGGACAUCAGCUCAGAAUCCAGCUCCAGUCCAGUACCGGCAGAGGACUUUGAGAAACUACUGAAGAGGAAGAAGAUGAAGAUGGAGGAAGAAAGAAUGGAUUCCCAAAGAGGCGAAUUUCAGGAAAAGUAUGUCGAGCUUCAUCAGCUUGGAGAUGGAGGUUUUGGAUCUGUGUUUGCUGGAUAUCGGGUCGAGGGUAAAUUGCCUGUGGCUAUCAAACACAUCCCGAAAGACAACGUGGUCAUCAAACAUAAGGAUGAGAACGGCAGAGAGCUGGCCAUGGAGGCUGUAAUCAUGUUGAAGCUGAGGACUGCAACAAUGCCGCAGUUGGCCAUGGUGUCCCUGCUGGACUGGUACGAUCUGGAUCAGGAGCUGAUUUUAGUGAUGGAGCGGCCCAUGUUUGCUGAGGACCUUCUGGUCUAUCUUAAAGAGUGUGGAGGCUGUCUAAAUGAGAAGGAGGCCAAGAUCAUACUAAAACAGCUAGUAGAAGCAGCGCUCUACCUUCAGAAUGUAAACAUCUUCCACAGGGACAUUAAGGUGGAAAAUACCCUGAUUGAGACCACAGCAGAAGGCCUACAAGUCUAUCUGAUAGACUUUGGUUUAAGCUGCUUUGAUGACAGAAGAAAGCAUGAACUACUGUGUGGGACUCCUGAACACCUCCCACUGGACUGGUUCAUGCACAACAACUACUGUGCUGAACCCACAACAGUGUGGCAGCUGGGUGUGGUGCUUUUUGAGGUGGUUCACAUGAUGCGGUUCAACAGCCACAGCUUCCUGAAAAACAAGCUUAAGAUCAGCAAAAGGCUCUCCAAGAACUGCCAGGAUGUUCUGACAAAGUGUCUAAUGGUUGAUCCUGUGGAUCGUCCCACACUGGAACAGCUGCUGGGCCACCCGUGGUUUUCGUAG